AUGCUAAGUCAAAAAAGUCAAUAUUCCCAAAGAAUCCAAAACGUUUCAGAAAAACAUGGCUUAUUAAGAAUAGAAGAAAAAAUUCCUUUAUUUGACAGCCACAUUAAGUAUAUUUCCCAGGACAAGAAAGGUGAUUCUAUUUUUCAAGAUGAAGCAUAUUACAUAACAGCAAUUUUAAACGCUCCUAUAGUUAAGAAAUUCAUGGAAGCCUCUAAUGCAAAGCGAAAUUAUUCCUUCAAGAACAUUUCUAUUUUUUGCCCUAAAUACGACGAAAAAAAUGUAUUGAUUGUGGCUUUGAAAAACAUAACUCAUCAGAUAAUAGAGUUGAAAAAAGACUUCGAUUUCUGCUUAAUGGAAGAAAAACAAAUUUCUACUCCCACCAAACGUAUUCCCGACCAAGAAAUUGGGGAAGACAUAACUACUUUAAGUAAAUAUAUUAAUCGACAGGGGCGAAUUAUUCCUCGUAUUCAUAGCAAAUUAAGUGCCAAGGACCAGCGUAAAGUAGCAAAAAAAAAAAUCAAAACCCUACGGCAAAUGGCUUUAUUGCCUUAUAUCAUAGAAAAACAAAAUGAACAACCGCAAGAAACGACGGACAAAUCUCCGACUUAA